AUGACUGACCUUCCUAUGCCUCCCCUGCAAGGGCAGAGUGGACCUGAAGGUGAGGAAACCAAUCCUAGUAUAGUUAGAGAGACACUGGACUUGUCUCAGCUCAUCACAGGUGCUUCGGCACAUGCCAGGAUACCCCCAAACGAAGCCAACAACAACCAGGAAUCGGUCCCGCGACAGGCCCAAACCCAAACGCAGGAAACUCAAGAGACCACAACAGAAACAGGGAAUGCCAAGAAGAAGAAGAGGCAAUCGUUCUCCUUCUCAAACAGACACUUCAAGUGCAACAGUGAAUUGUUCUUAGACCCCAAACACAAGGAGGCUUUCCUCGAAAGGUACCCAAAUGACCUCGAGAUUGUUGGGAAAGUAACGCAAUGUCCCACCACAAAGAAUGGAAGGAUAUAUGGGUUCAGAUGGAUUACGUCCGGCACACAGCUUGAAAUAAGAUGGACGCAAAACUUCAUAGACAAUUCUCCUGAAUUCCGCGAGAAGCUGAAAGGUUUGAUACAGGGAUAUGAGGAAGAGCAGAGAGAACUGACAGUCGAUCUUGAAAGCAAUCCCGCGGCGAGCCAAGGUACCACGGGAUCUUCGACAGACAAAGGCAAGGGAACUUCAACGGGAAGAGCCUUGAGGACACCAGCAACAAAGAAGGGCAAGGUGCCGCCCCCAACAUCCCAAGAAAGGGCAGAUGCAUACGCGAGUCUCAAAACUGCCUGUUCAGCUGGCAGCGGGACUGCAUCUCAACCCAAAGAAACAACCAACAGACGCAUCACGAGAGGAGACGAUGUUGAUGGUAUCGACUCUGAUUCUGAUGAUGGAGAUGACCUUGAUCAACACGAUGAUGCUUUUGAUCGAACAAUGGCUGAAGGAUACGACAGCGAUGAGGAUAUCUACGAAAUUCAAGCCACAGAUGGAACAACAGUUGCUAAAGAGGACACUUAUGGGAAACUUGCGCAGCAACUGAAGUGGAAGUUCCAAAACAUUGAUCCUGGUGAUGUUCCUUUCACAGAAACGAAGAACAUGCUACGUGGGACCACCAAGUUGAAGCCUGGUGCUGGAGAUCGCUGGAAUGAUCCAUUCGAGUGCUUCCAACGUUGUGGAUUUAGCAGAGAGUUUGUAGCAGCCCUGACACGCGAAUCAAAUGACUACGCAAAAAACAACCUACUGGACAAGCAUCGUAAGAAAAAACUGUGUGGUGCCAAUUGGAAGGACAUAAGUGUUACAGAGAUGUCUGUGUUCCUUGGCAUCUUGUUGAAGAUUUCACUGUCGCCCACCGAUGGUGGUGGCUACGCUGCUUAUUUCGAAAAAGAAGACAUCACGAUCAACUAUUGCAAUCAUCGGGAGCCCAAAGCGAUAAAUGACAGUGCAGGAUGGGCUUACCAGUACAUGACCUUGCUGCGAUUCAAGCAGAUCAGGUCUGCUUUCCACCCAGAAGAUAAGGAAAUGGGUGGUGGUUCCAGCGACAAGUGUUAUCAACUGAGAAGGGCAAUAAACUCAACCAAUUCAGCUUCUAAGUCCAUCUUUGAAGCGGGCUCCCAUUGUGCUUUUGACGAGGGAGGAGUUGCGUGUCGAUCCAGAUUUUGUCCUGUUCGACAGUAUAAUAAGGACAAACCAAACAAAUUCAGAGUCGAUUUCUUUAUACUCGCCUGUUCAACAACUUAUGCCAUCUUCCAUAUUGACGUUUAUCAAGGAAGGAAUGCGACCAAUGUGGGUAUCGAGGAAUGCAUCCAAGAUCUUCCGACAACGCAAAAGGCUGUAAUGAAUGCCGUUAUGUGUACUUUCGGCAAUGAUGGUCAAGGAGCAAGACACAUUGCCAUGGAUAACCGGUACAUGUGCCCCGAGCUGGCGGUUCUUUUAUUGACAAAGUGUGGUUGUUACAGCACAGGGACCUGCAGACGCAGACGCAAGGGAUUCCCUGAUCACCUGCUGGAUCUGGAAAAGAAAGACGGUCGUGGUGAGUACAAGCUAGUGGCCGACAAGGUCAAUCGUUUACUUAUGAUGCAAUGGGUAGACAACAAAGUUGUUACCAUGGUCAGCAGCAACAGUGACACCACCAUCGGUACAGUCAAGAGGCAGAUUGGUCCAUUGGCGAGGCAGCUGGACUGUCCAACUGCAAUGAUUCGCUAUCAGAGGACAAUGUUCGGUGUGGACAAAGGAGAUGAGCUUCGAGCUCACUUUGGAGGCUUUUCAACCAAGGCCCAUUUCAAGAAAUGGUAUAAGCGAGUGUUCCUCGCUAUUCUUGAUGUGAUGUUGAUGAAUGCUCACAUUGCUUGGAACCUGUCAGCCAAGGAAAAAGCUUCGAGAAACCGGAAUGUGUUAGAGCGACACCAAUUUAUGCAAUUCGUAGCAGAGUGCCUACUCCAUUACAACGAACCAGAAGAGGUACUGCAACCAAAGGAAAGUACUGCGGCAAUGGAUACCAACCAUCGACCAAUGCAGCCAAAGAAAGGUACUUCUCGAAAUCGAUGCAUUGUCUGUCGCCUCGAGAAUGGGAAGUGGUUUGAUCCUAAGCUUGGAGAGACUGGCACCAGGUCUGGUCUUGCUGUUUGCUCCGAAUGUGGGAUCUACGCCCACAACCACAUUGUAACUGACUCCGACAGGAAAAUCCACAAUAUGCAACCAUUUCAGAACAAGACGUGUUUCGAGAUUGCACAUCUUCCUGAAGGGCUUGCUCUAUGGCCUCUUCGACAAGUAGACCACUGCAAGGGAUCUCGAUCAAUGUGUAGGACUGCUCCUGUUUUCAAGGCCCUUAGGAAGAUUUACGGCAAGCCAGAGGUGGAAACUCGAAAGCGAAAAAGGAGGGAGAACAGCAAGGAAAACAAAAACAAAAGUGAUGCCACCGAGAGCAACGGUGUUCUAUACGAUAGUAGCGACAACGAGCUCUACGAAUAG